AUGCCUUCCUCUUCCUCCAUCGACCCUUACCAUGGCGUCGCCAGCGCCACCGACCUCGAUGCCUCCGCCGCCGUUGUGCCGUCGAUGCGGCGGGCGGGGCGCGGACGUCCCGAGGAGUUCGCCUCGUUCCUGCGCACGCAAGACGAGGUCGACGCGAUCUGCAACGAGCACGGCGUCCCCAAGGAGUUCACUGCGCGCCCCGCCGGCGAGCUGCGCGCGAACUCGAGGCCUCCACCUGGUGCCAUCUGCGUGUACUCCCGGGCGCUGGAGGCCGGGAUGCCCGUCCCGCUGCAUGGCUUCUUCCGCGAGGCGCUCGGCCACUUCGGCCUCGCGCCGACCCAGGUCACGCCCAACGGGUGGCGCAUCAUGGCAGGCUUCCUCGUCCUGUGUCGCUCCGUCGGCGUGCGGCCGUCGCUCGCAGUGUUCCGGCGCUUCUUCCUGCUGUCCAACGCCAGGCAAAGGCAAGGCUGGUACUUUUUCCGAUCCAGGGACAGGGACGGCUCCGGCUUGCGCUUCACGGGGAUGCCCCACCCGAACUGGAUCUCCUUCAAGUACUGGAAACAAGAGUUCUUCUUCCUCUCGUCGCCGGAGCCGUGGCCUUGCCCCGUGGAGUGGGGCGAGCCAUCAAAAAGCUCCUUCGCAAACCCCGUGCUCACCGGCGAGGAAAAGAAAUCAGCGGCGAAGCUUCUUCGUGCUCACGGCGGCGGCGCCGUUGAUCUAAGGACGUACCUCUGUAACGGCAACCUUGCAGCCGCCAUGACGAGCUCUGCAUUCGCAUUGCUGCCCCCGCCACCGGCGCCUUCUUCCCCUACCUGCAUGGAUCUUUCUGUCUACCACACGAGGAAGACUAUGCUGGCAGAGAAGGCAGCCGCGCAGGCGUCGCCGCCGUUAUGCGGGAAGAAGAGGAGCCUGGAGGAAACCAAUUACAAGGAGAGUCUGCACCCUGCAAUGCUGAACACGGCGCUAUCAUCCGGCGUGUGCUCGCCACCGCCAGGCUUCUCCCGGAAGACACGACGCUUCCCCAGCAGGCACGACGGAGACGGCACGGGCUGGGUGGCUACACGGGAGCAGCUCGCCCCGGCAAAGCGGGAUGCGGAGCAGGGGAAGACGAAGGCCGAGCUCGCCGAGACGGGGGCGGAGCUGUCGAAGGCGACAGCCAGGCUCGCCGCGGCGGAGGCGGAGGUGGUGCAGGCGAUGGCAGCGAAGCGGGCAGCAGAUGCGGAACAUGAGAAGGCGAGGCCCGAGCUCGCCGUGGAAGGGGCGAAGGCCAGACUAGCCGCGGCGAAGUGUGCGCUGGCGGAGGAGCUGGAGAGCGUCAAGGCGGCGGCGGUGCUCCAGCUCUUGCGCUGCGAGGAGCACGUGCGGCGGCGGGCGGAGCAUGCGCUGGAGGGCUCUAACUUUGCUUCUACUAAGUCAGGGCCCUGA